AUGAGUGAGUAUCAGCUAGACGUGGGUCUGUUGACGGUGACGGAUGUGUCCACUGUGAGUGGACCAAUGCGUCGCGAGGAGGAUCUCAUCAGCUCUUGCACAAAUGCACUCAAAGCGCUCCUCGGCGAGUUUGUUCAUUUACCGACGGAGGUGAAGAAGACCAAAUACGAGAGUGCGACGACCUUAGUACAGCUGCCGCAGCCGGUGAUGCAGCUGCCUCGCGAGAAGGCGUUGCCGAAACCGAAACCGCUCACCGCAUGGCAGAAGUUUGCGGUCAAGAAGGGCAUCGACAUUCAUCGAAAGAAGUCAAACCGCGUUUUUGACGAGGAUCGCCAGGAGUGGAAGGACAAGUGGGGCAAGCGUGCCCGCGAGGACCGCGACAAGUAUGACUGGCUGCGUGAGGUGAAGUCAGGGUACAUGCCUGCCGAGGAUGGCGGAGACCCAUUUCUUGAUGACCUCCGCACGAAGCACGCUCGCCUAGAAAAGCAGAAGAAGAAGGAGGAGCACAACAAGCGCCGCUCCGUGCACUUAAUGCAGGCACAGGAGGAGGUGAAGCACCUUUCGGCCGCGUCGCGCAACCUCUCUACAGCGUCCAACGGCAAGUUCGAAAAGGCAAAAAGAUUUAAGAAAAACACAAAGCGCCUCGCUUGA